UGCAGGUUUGUCACAGUCUGAUGACCCCUUCCAGGGGUAAAGCUGCGGAGCAAUGAAGACAGGCUCUCAAAUCCGCCUGCUACUAUGGAAAAACUGGACCCUCCGCAAGAGACAGAAGGUCCGCUUCCUGGUUGAGAUCUGCUGGCCUAUGUUGUUAUUCAUUGGUCUGGUGUGGCUGAGGAAGGCCAAUCCACUGUACCAACAACAUGAAUGUCAUUUCCCCAACAAGGCCAUGCCUUCAGCAGGGAUUCUGCCCUGGAUUCAGGGCAUCUUCUGCAACGUCAACAACCCCUGCUUCAGAUAUCCAACCAGAGGAGAGUCUCCAGGCGUUGUCUCCAACUAUAACAACUCAGUACUGGCACGGUUCUAUGCUGAUGUCCAGGAGCUUCUGCUCAAUGAGACAGAGGUCCAGCAGCUCGGCCGUCUUUGGCACGAUAUGUCGUCAUUCUCAAACUUCAUGGAAACGUUACGCAACAACCCAUCUGUGGUGUCAGGCCGUGGGCUGAAGAUAGAUGAUAUUCUGAAGGAUGACGAGGUUCUCACGGCCUUCCUCCUGCGAGAUGCCAGCCUCUCAGAGUCUGUAGUCUACCAGCUCGUCAAUGCAGAAAUACGACUCGAACAGUUUGCCUUUGGUAUCCCAGACCUGCAGCUGAAAGACAUCGCCUGCAGCCAGGCCCUGCUCGAGCGCUUUAUCAUCUUCCCCAGUCGCAUGGGGCUCCACGGGGUCCGCAAUGCCAUGUGUGCCCUCAGCCAGCAAAGGCUGCAGAAGAUAGAAGACAUCCUCUAUGCUAAUCUGGACUUCUUCAAAAUCUUCGAAGUGAUGCCGCAGGUUAUGGACAGCACCUCCCAGGGGAUUGACCUGCACUUCUGGGGUCAGGUUCUUAAGGCCACGUCGGAGAAGAUUCAAGUUCUGAUGGAGCGGGAGAGCUCUCAGGAGCUCCUGAAGGUGGUUUACUCUCUGUUUCAAGCCGGGGGUCCUCCGACGUUCACCAAGCUGAUGUCCAGUGUGUCGAGCCUCUUCUGUGGAUAUCCAGAGGGAGGCGGCUCCAGGGUCCUGUCCUUCAACUGGUAUGAGGACAACAACUACAAGGUGUUUCUGGGGGUCAACGGCACCAAGAACCACAACUACGUCUAUGACAACUCUGUCACUCCCUCCUGCAACGCCCUGAUGCAGACCCUGGAGUCCAACCCUGUCACAAAAAUUGUGUGGAAUUCAGUCAAGCCCCUGCUGAUGGGAAAGAUCCUGUACACCCCCGACUCCCCUGCCGUCCACAAGAUAUUAAAGAGUGCCAACACAACAUUUGAGGAGUUAGAGAGGUUACAGAACAUGGCCAAAGCCUGGGAGGAGUUGGGGCCUCAGCUCUGGGCUUUCUUCAACAACAGUGUCCAGAUGAACAUGAUCAGGGACACUCUGAGAAACCCGACAGUGAUGCAUUUCAUGGACAACAGUCUGCAGGACACUGACUUUUCCACCAGACACAUUCUUAACUUCCUGCACAGCGGUCCAGAGGACCAGAGGGAGGUGGGCAUGCCCAACUUUGACUGGAGGAACAUUUUUAAUAUCGUUGACCAGAUAGUACGCACGUUCAACAAGUAUGGAGAGUGCAUCAAUCUGGAUAAAUUUGUGGCUUACACGGAUGAGUCUCAGAUGAACCAUCAGGCCUUGUACCUGCUGGAGGAGAAUAAGUUUUGGGCUGGUGUCGUCUUCAUGGACAUGUAUCCCUGGACCACAAGUGUACCCCCGCACGUCAAGUACAAGAUCCGUAUGGACAUUGAUGCAGUGGAGCGCACCAACAAGAUCAAAGACAGGUACUGGGACCCUGGCCCCAGGGCAGACCCCAUGGAGGACCAGAGGUACAUCUGGGGUGGCUUUGCCUACCUGCAGGACAUGAUUGAACACGGCAUCAUCAAGCUUCACACAGGCAAAGACUGGCCUCUGGGUGUCUACGUGCAGCAGAUGCCGUAUCCGUGCUACGUAGAUGACCUCUUCAUGAUCACGCUGAACCGCUGCUUCCCCAUGUUCAUGGUGCUGGCCUGGAUCUACUCUGUGUCCAUGACUGUGAAGAGCAUCGUGCUGGAGAAGGAGCUGCGCCUCAAGGAGACUCUCAAAGCCAUGGGGGUCGACAACGGAGUCAUCUGGUACACGUGUUUCAUCGACAGCUUCAUCAUGAUGACCACAAGCACGGCGCUGCUCACCACCAUCAUCAUGGGUGGAAAGGUGCUGAAUUACAGCGACCCCAUCCUCGUCUUCUUUUUCCUGCUGACUUUCACCGUUGCCACCAUCAUGCAGUGUUUCCUGAUGAGUGUGUUCUUCAACAAGGCAAACCUGGCAGCCGCCUGCAGCGGCAUCAUCUACUUCACCCUCUAUCUGCCACACAUCCUCUGCUUUGCCUGGCAGGACCGCAUCACCAAGAGCAUGAAGUUGGCUGCUAGCUUGUUGUCUCCGGUGGCCUUUGGCUUCGGGACAGAGUAUCUGUCACGGUACGAGGAGCAGGGCCUGGGUCUGCAGUGGGACAACAUCAUGACCAGCCCGUUAGAGAAAGACAGCUACUCCUUCCUCCUCUCCAUCCUCAUGAUGGUGUUUGAUGCUGUCCUCUACGCUGUUCUGGCCUGGUAUCUGGAUAAUGUCUUUCCAGGACAGUAUGGCAUUGGUCGACCGUACUACUUCCCCUUCCAGCAGUCAUACUGGCAAACACCUGCAGGCUCACACUCAGAGAUGCCUGAUCAAGCCCCUGAAGUUCUUGAGACACCCGAAGCAGACAACAUGGAGAAGGACGUCGAGAGCAGGGGAACACCGGAGACAUACAUAUGUAAUGGUUCAGCCAGCAGGAAAACCUGUAAGCACCAAAGUAAGAGAGAUCAACUGGAGAGAGAGAGGGAGCUGCUGAGACGACUAGAGGAAACCCCGAACCAGGAGGAGGAGUGUCAGGGCUCAGAAGGUCAGAUAUUCUUCGAGCCCGACCCGGUGGGCCUGGUGAUGGGGGUGCAGAUCCAGGACCUGGUGAAGGUGUUCGACGGAUGUUCUCGUCCAGCUGUCAACUGUCUCAGCAUCAAUUUCUAUGAGGGCCAGAUCACGUCCUUCUUGGGGCACAAUGGGGCAGGAAAAACCACCACCAUGUCCAUCCUGACUGGCCUGUUCCCUCCUACGUCUGGCACCGCCUACAUUAAUGGGUGCGACAUCAGGACCGACAUGGACACCAUCCGCUCGUCCUUGGGGAUGUGCCCUCAGUACAACAUCCUCUACCAACAUCUCACAGUGGAAGAGCACAUCCUGUUCUACUCACUGCUGAAGGGUCGCACUCAGGAGGAGGCGCAGAGGGAGGUGGAGGACAUGCUGCUGGACCUCGGGCUGCCUCACAAGAGAGACGACGAGGCUCAGAACCUCUCAGGCGGCAUGCAGCGGAAACUGUCAGUUGCCAUGGCGUUUGUUGGCGGAUCAAAGGUCGUAAUCCUGGACGAACCCACCUCAGGAGUGGACCCCUAUUCCAGGAGAUCCAUUUGGGACCUCCUACUGAAAUACAGAGCUGGCCGGACGGUGAUCCUGUCCACUCAUCACAUGGACGAGGCCGACUUGCUGAGUGAUCGCAUCGCCAUCAUCUCCAAAGGACAACUCCACUGCUGCGGAUCCCCCCUUUUCCUCAAAAACUGUUUUGGAGUCGGUUUCUAUUUGACGCUUGUUCGCCGGAUGAAGGAUCUAAAGAAAAAGGAGAAUGAUUGUGACUGUGCCUCCGACUGCUCCUGCUCCUGCUCCAUCUGCACCAGAUACAAAGAUCAGUCUCACAACCAGUUUCAGCAUCUUGACAGAGUUCUGGAUGCAACUUUAGAGAUUUAG